GGAAUCGCCCUCCCGCAGCCUGUCUCGUAUCCCACCCCCGUCUAGCUGCAAUUGCACGGUGUCCGCCGCUAGAGGGCAGGUCGGAGCACCUGCUACUCUUCUCCUCGUCCCAUGCUGUUCUCUUCGUCCCAGCAGCUGCCGCACAGUUCUGCUGGUCCCGGCUAAGAGCUGCCAAUGGAAAAUGCAAGUAUAUCGGCGCAACCUGCUGCUAUUGGCCUGUCUCGCGUCUGGGUAGGAGGAGCCCAGCAAUGACGUGUAUAAAAGCGCUGCUUGCCCCGCGCAACAUCUCAGUGACACUGCGUGAUUGUGGGAGGGCGCGCAAAGUGCAGAGAUCCUGACUUGCUAGAAAGCUGUGACCGGAAUUUAUAGCUACAGACAUAACAAACGUCCAUGCCACACACUGGUAACGCCGGGCACGUUACUCGCGCGGUUUGUUUGCGUGCACCGCUUGCAAACUGACGCCAGGAUUCCUGUCGCUUUCAGAGCGAUGACUGCGCCGCGCUGACCCGAGGGAACCAACUUUAAACCGCUUUUAUUGUUAUUCUGCGAACUGAGAACCAAGCUGCUCUUAAAACUUUUCUUUCAUCAUUCCAUAACGGAUUCCAGAGCACGUGCACACUGCUCUGCACGGAGGCUGUGACUCCACCACAAACUCUGACUUUCAGCAAAAAGUUUUGCUUUUUUUUGUCUUUAAUUGGUUGUUUUUGCACUGGGUAUGCAGCAACUUUAGUCUGCAAAUCUGAAGAGAAGCCGACUGCCUCCUUGCAUCAGGGCUAUAUAUUUUUGAAAAAAUAUUUCUGUUAACGGAGGCGAAGAAGGAUAACAGGAAAAUUCACCAGAAAACAAACAAAGCACGAGAAGUCACCGAUGUGCACCAAAAACAAGGACAGUAAAUCACAGCGCACGAGCCGAUUACUGAGGUGAAGCGAGGACAAGACAGGUUGGUGUUUCUGAAUUCACGAGUCUCGAAUUUCAGCUGCUGUGCCCGUGGUAUUAAAGCGCGCGUUUGACCCGGGAUAAGUUGUCAAAGAGAGAAGCGGAGGCGAGCUGGCAGGUGUGCAAGUUCACUUGCAUGCGUACGUAUAUUCGUGCGGCUUAAAAUAGAAGUUGUUUUAAGAACUAACAGCGUUACAUACACACAUUUCCCUACGUGUGUCCCCGCGUACAUUUCUUCUCCUCUUUCGAUCGGCGAGGGCUGCCAGUUCGCAGUCCGUUCCCCGCGUUUCGCUUUGGCUGUGCGGGCAGGAGCUGUCGCAUGGACUGACAUGGCCACCGACCUCGCCAUGAGCGCAGAGUUACCGAACAGCCCCCUGGCCAUCGAGUACGUCAACGACUUCGAUCUCAUGAAGUUCGAGGUGAAGAAGGAGCCGCCGGAGGCGGAGCGGUACUGCCACCGCCUGCCCCCGGGCUCGCUGUCCUCCACCCCGAUUAGCACGCCCUGCUCCUCCGUGCCUUCGUCGCCCAGUUUCUGCGCGCCCAGCCCCGGGGUGCAGUCGGGCCAGAACCCCGGCAGCGGCGUCAACAGCAGCAGCAACAACGGCAGCAGCAGCAGCAGCCACGGCCAGAGCUCCGCCGGGAAGCCGCAGCUGGAGGACCUAUACUGGAUUCCCAACUACCAGCACCACCUGAAUCCCGAGGCUCUCAACCUGACGCCGGAGGACGCCGUCGAAGCCCUCAUCGGAAACGCGCACCACCACCACCAUCACCACCACCACCAAGCCUACGAGGGCUUCCGCGGGCAGCAGUACGCGGGAGAGGACCUGUCAGCGGCGGCCAAUGGGCACCACCACCAGGUCCAUCACCACCACCACCAUGGCCACCACGCCCGGCUGGAGGAUCGCUUCUCGGACGAGCAGCUGGUCAGCAUGACGGUGCGGGAGCUCAACCGCCAGCUGAGAGGCUUCAGCAAGGAGGAGGUCAUCCGCCUCAAGCAGAAGCGGCGUACCCUGAAGAACCGGGGUUACGCGCAGUCCUGCCGCUACAAGCGCGUGCAGCAGCGGCACAUGCUGGAGAGCGAGAAGUGCACGCUCCAGAGCCAAGUGGAGCAGCUGAAGCAGGACGUCGCGCGUCUGGCCAAGGAGAGGGAUCUGUACAAGGAGAAGUACGAGAAGCUCGCGAGCCGGACCUACAGCGGGAACGGCACCAGGGACCCCCCCAACGGCAGCCACGGGAAAGCCACCUCCACGGAAUUCUUUAUGUGAGAGAAAUCCGUUUCUUAAGACUUCUUUCCGUCGGUCAGACAACUUUAUUACAACUUCAGUUUUCUAUUAUUAUUUGAUUUGUAAGAUUUGUUUUAUUUUUGCGUUUUCGUUUACAGUAGCCUAACUCAAUGUUAACCUUAAUAUUGUAACGUAACGUAAUCUAUACCUGUUUAAAGAAACCUACACGCACACAACACAUUUAUGUACGUGUGUUUGUGUUAUUUCAGGAAGUCUUAAUAUGAGAAUUGAACUUUACUCGUAAACGCCUCUAUAUCUGAGAUGGUUAUCAACUACUUGAUCAAGUAAGGAAUUGAAGUCCAAAAACGUGGGACGUUUAACAAACGAGGGGUUUAACAAACAUUUAAGUCUUACAGACAAAUACUCAACCGAAUAAUGGUGUGUUAUGAUUACGGAAAAGGACAUACAUUUCUUAAAUCAUAUUUUCGUUUUUGUCAUGAUACUUUCUCAUUGUCUUAAUCAAAAGUUUUCGAGUCUUAAAAAUGGGUUUCAUCAAAAAAAAAAAAAAAAUCUACCAAGAGAAACGUCUUUCUUAGACUGGACUGGAGGAAAAAAGCAAUAUAUUUUCAUAACUUCGGAGGUUAUCCGAAGGACUAUCAUCUUGGAAAACACGAAGUUAAACGUGUUGUUGGAGAGGACAUAUCUGAGCAUUGCAAGUCUACGUACUUAAACAAAAUAAACCCUGCAUGCGGGACAUGUACGGUAUAACGAUAUGUCAGAUCCCUUUACCUCUUCUCCUGAUACACCUGGAUGGAACGCACGGCCCGUAUUUAUUUUCCCCUUCAUCCUCCUCAUCCUCAGUCUUCUGCUUUCUCAGAACGCGAAUGGACGGUUUGGUUUCACGCAUAGACGGAUAGAGUGAUUGGGGGAACGAUUCGCAACAAAAAAAAAAAUUCACGGCUAAAUAGCAGUUAUGAGGGAUAAGUGUUACCGCAAUUUUCAUUGUAUUUUCUAUUGUUUUAAAGGGAAAAACGUGAACUAAACUGAGCCAGAUUUUAGAGUUAUUUAUUCCCACUUGUAAAUAUAUGUAGAGUUACAGUUAGGGUGUUAUUUCCCUUACUUUUUAAAGCCUUUUUGCUUGACUAUUCAAAACGUCUUAAUACAAUGUUUGUAUGUUACAGCAUGCAAAUACUCUGCGAUAUUCUCCUUCUAAUGACUAUGUACAAUUGAAAGGAAAGCCUACUGCACUAUAUGAAAAACGAUAGGGAAAACAUGUUUUAUAUUAAACUAAUCUGUUGUUCAGUUGCUGUUGUAUAGAAAAAGGUGGAUAUAGCAACAUAAUCGGAAAUGCCAUGAAAAACAUGUAAUAAUAAUAUAAGGACUGCAAUUGCUGCUAAUUCUCUAUGCAUCAACGUUAUUUAAAACUUAUGAAUUAACGGAUUUUACACUUUCAAAAAGUGCUCAAUGUGAAAUAUUUGAAUGACGAUUUCAUGAAAUCUGAUGUAUUGUGGAAAAUUCACUAACGCUUGUUUUCAUAAAAUCUACCAUUAGAAACGUGGUUAAACAACAGAAGGCAGAUUCUUAAAAGGGGUACACAAAGUGCUUGUUCAAAAUAAAGUAUCUUUCUCUAAAACGAGCACUGCAAAUGGGGCAAAUGAUGGUGUGAAUACAAUCCAUGAUAUUGUCAAUAAAAUAUGCGAGGACAAAAAGAAUCCGCCUUUCCCUCAUAUCUGGUUUAACGAUCUGCUGCCUACGUGUGUGCGACAUAUUGUGCAGAAGUAUUGACCCACGAGCGUUUGUCAAUUAAUGUAGGCACAGCUUAAGCGGCAAUAAGACAAAUAGGCUAUGUCGCUGAAGUGUUACGUAACUAAAUUCCUUCGCAGAAAUUCUAAAAACAGAAACACGGCUCAGAUUUUCAUAUCAAUGACUUGACAUGCUGUGAAUAUAGCAAGACAAAUGGACCAGUUUAUACCGUGAGCAUGGGCAAAAAAAAAACCGUCGCUCUGAAUUAACACGGAAAUUAAACAAUUAUCUCUCAAGGAAGUCGUGUACAUUUAUUUAUUCCAAUAUCGACGAUGUGUAGAUAAAUCGGAUUACAGAUCAGGAAAUCGAUCAAUCAAAAGUUUUUGUAAUUUUUUUUAACCUCAAGGCGGGGACGUUGUCCAGACGACCGCACCACAGUCGCUUUAUAUCUCCGUAUCAUUAAAACGACAUCACUUCUGUGUAAUCAUUAAAGGAAAAAAAAAACUUUAUGCCUUGUGUCUCACAGUAACCGGUAUGUUGCCGUUUUUUAGGAAUUCGAGGAAGCCUUGUAAACAUAGCCGCAUCCUCAAUGAGAUUUCUCAAAAUGUAAUUUAGCAAAGGGCCAGCUUGGGCCAAUAUUCUGUUUCAUCACGCGUCAUUAGUCCAAACCGAAGAUACAGUAAUUUGACAUGAAAUAAACUAACAUUAUUAUCUGCGAAAGGUGGAAUAAUGCUUCUGCACAGUAGUGUUAUGUGUAUAUCUGUACAUAUUAUUUAUAUCUAUUUAUUCGAGAAAUAUUUAAGUGUCCUAACGUGUCGAUAAGUUUAAAAAAAGCAACAAAUGUUUCAAAAUGGAAUGUUGUUCAGAAUCUUGUUUUCAUAAUGUUUAAUAAAAAGUUCUGUCCAGCUCUG